AUGAUGAUCAUGGUCACCUUUCAAAUCAGAAAGGCAGACUAUGGGCGUGGCUUGGGCCAGCAGUUGGACUCCGCUUCUGGUGACAACAAGUUGGCAUUUCUACCAGCUUUUGCAUCUUGUUCCAACUUGGACAUUUCCUUUGUGGCCUGGAGCAGCGUGAUGUCCAUCAAAGAGAAGUACACAGACUGGACCGAAUUUCUCAUACGUGACUUGACUGGCUCGAGGACAGCUCCUGCCAACCUCCUGGAAGGUCCUCUGCGAGGGAAAGGCCCUAUAGACCUCAUUACAGUUGAUUCCUUAAUAGAACUUCAGGACUCUCAGAACCCUUUUCAGUACUGGAUAGUUAGUGUGAUUGAAAAUAUUGGAGGAAGAUUACGCCUUCGCUAUGUGGGAUUGGAGGACACUGAAUCCUAUGACCAGUGGUUGUUUUACUUGGAUUACAGACUUCGACCAGUUGGUUGGUGUCAAGAGAAUAAAUACAGAAUGGACCCACCUUCAGAAAUCUAUCCUUUGAAGAUGACCUCUGAAUGGGAAUGCGCUCUGGAAAAAUCCCUGAUCGAUGCUGCCAAAUUUCCUCUUCCGAUGGAAGUAUUUAAGGACCAUGCGGAUCUGAGAAGUCAUUUCUUCACAGUUGGAAUGAAGCUAGAAACAGUGAAUCCAAGCGAGCCCUUCCAUAUCUGUCCUGCAUCAGUGACUAAGAUUUUUAGCAAUCAUUUUUUUCAAGUGACUAUUGACGACCUAAGACCAGAACCUAGUAAACUCUCAGUGCUGUGCCAUGCGGAUUCUUUGGGGAUUUUGCCAGUACAAUGGUGCCUUAAAAAUGGAGUCAACCUCACUCCUCCCAAAGGUUACUCUGGCCAGGACUUCGACUGGGCAGAUUAUCACAAGCAGCACGGGGCGGAGGAAACACCUCCCUUCUGCUUCAGAAAUACAUCCUUUAGUCGGGGUUUCACAAAGAACAUGAAACUUGAAGCUGUGAACCCCAGGAAUCCAGGAGAACUGUGUGUGGCCUCCGUGGUCAGUGUGAAGGGGCGAUUGAUGUGGCUUCACCUGGAAGGUCUGCAGACUCCUGUUCCAGAGGUCAUUGUCGACGUUGAAUCCAUGGACAUCUUCCCAGUGGGCUGGUGUGAAGCAAAUUCUUAUCCUUUGACUACACCACACAAGACAGUCUCACAAAAGAAGAGAAAGAUUGCAGUUGUGCAGCCAGAAAAACAAUUGCCGUCCGCAGUGCCUGUUAAGAAAAUACCUCAUGAACUCUGUUUAUUCCCUCACCUGGACACUACAGGAAGUGUCAAUGGGAAAUACUGCUGCCCUCAGCUGUUCAUCAACCACAGGUGUUUCUCAGGCCCCUACCUGAACAAGGGAAGGAUCGCAGAGCUGCCGCAGUCGGUGGGACCAGGCAAAUGUGUGCUGGUUCUCAAAGAGGUUCUCAGCAUGAUUAUCAACGCAGCCUACAAGCCCGGGAGGGUCUUGAGAGAAUUGCAGCUGGUGGAAGAUCCCCACUGGAAUUUCCAGGAGGAGACGUUGAAAGCAAAGUACAGAGGCAAAACCUACAGGGCCGUGGUCAAGAUCGUGCGAACCUCUGACCAAGUAGCAAACUUCUGCCGCCGGGUUUGCGCCAAGCUGGAAUGCUGUCCAAAUCUGUUCAGCCCCGUGCUGGUCUCUGAAAACUGCCCAGAGAACUGCUCUAUUCACACCAAAACCAAAUACACCUAUUAUUAUGGAAAGAGGAAGAAGAUUGUCAAGCCCCCCAUCGGAGAAAGCAACAUUGACAGUGGACACCCCAAACCAGCCAGGCGGAGGAAGCGACGGAAAUCUAUUUUUGUGCAGAAGAAACGGAGAUCUUCCACCGUGGACUUUGCAGCAGGCUCAGGGGAGGAAAGUGAGGAGGAGGACGCGGACGCCAUGGAUGACGACACCGGCAGUGAGGAGACUGGCUCCGAGCUCCGGGAUGACCAGACGGACACCUCGUCCGCAGAGGUGCCCUCGGCCCGGCCCCGUAGGGCCGUCACCCUGAGGAGCAGCUCAGAGCCCACGUGCCGGCCUCCCGUGGAGAGGGUGCGAAGGGGCCGCAGGGUACCGGCUGCCUCCUCUGCAGAGGAGGGCGAGAAGUGCCCGCCCGCCAGACCCGAGGGGACAGAGGAAGCAAAGCAGGAGGAAGAAGAGCGACUUGUUCUGGAGAGCAACCCGCUGGAGUGGACGGUCACGGACGUAGUGAGGUUCAUCAAGCUGACGGACUGCGCCCCCUUGGCCAAGAUAUUUCAGGAGCAGGACAUCGACGGCCAGGCGCUGCUGCUUCUGACCCUCCCGACGGUGCAGGAGUGCAUGGAGCUGAAGCUGGGGCCCGCCAUCAAGCUGUGCCACCAGAUCGAGAGAGUCAAAGUGGCUUUCUACGCCCAGUAUGCCAACUGA